AUGUUGCAGACACGUGCUGCUUCGCUUGCCGUCGAUUCGGUUAAAGAGUCGGAAAUUUUGGAAUGCAUCGAAGCGGCAUAUUUCAUUGAAGAAGGAUUCGAUGCUACUGACUACGAGCUGAAGAAAGUGGUAGCCGGUGAAGGGCUGGAAGAUCUUGGCGGAGAAAUGGAGAAACUCAAGCAGCAGCUGCAGGUGGUUUCGAAACGCAUCUCCGCUCUGAUUGUGCAGAACUCGCCGUCCUAUUCAGCGCAGCUGAAAGACAUUGGCGAAAUGCAAACCAGCUUGUCCAGCAUUCUUUCAGCCGUCCAGAAUAUUCGAAGGUAA